GACUACAACUCCCAAGGAGAACCGGGAUCAGAUACGGUCCAGCAUCAAGGACAGGGAAGCCAUUUAAAGAGGCCGCGCCAUUCGGCUGCUCUGUUGGUCGUGUUGUCUGGCGACAACAACAACCACAACGACGGGCACUGGGCUUCAGGCAUGAACCUCUUCUGCUUCACACUGGACGGCUCCACAGACAACAUCUAUGAGCCUCCAUACCACAACCAGUGCAUCCAGGGAGUCCUCCCCGGGUCUAGCUACAGCCCUGCCGUGCUGAGGCGGACACCAGACUGGGGCGGAUCGGACCCAUGCAUCAGCUCUAUUCAUCUCUCUCCAGCCAAACAAAAAAUACAGAACAGGAGAUCACACAAUCCACAUUCAGCCUUGGAACAUAAAGACAGUGGAGAAGGGGAUGAUAACACUGUAGAACUGGUCUCUGGAGGAGCAGACAGAGACCUGCCAACUCAGUUACAGAGUGCGGAACGUGAUCUUCGGACAGCGGAACCACACAGAAAGCAAAAAAGAUUUCACCGGUUGUUACUUGUCAAGAAGGCCAGUCAGAGAGAAGCAGGGAGAGGAAAGAACGAGUCAAAGGACUUGAAGAAAACCGCGGCGUCGUCUGCCGACAGCCCCCUCAUGUCUUGCAUGGGAUUGGUCAGACGGAGCGGGAGACACUCUACUCCAUUGCCGGGGCAACGGCCUCCAAGCCAAGGUAAACACAAAAAGGGUAGGGUUGGAGACGAGGAAGAGAGACGGGAACAAGAAGAGGAUGAAGGAGAUGGAGGAGGGAGACUGAAGAAGAGAGGUGGUCCUCCCUGUCACUACUGGAGUCCCGGGGAUCCUCCCCAGACGGGGACAGCAGCCUCCGUCCACACCACAACACAACACCGAGUUCCCCCUGAGCCCUGGGACUACGUCUUUCACGGGGCCCUAGUGUCCAGGAUUGCACAGUGGGAUCCUAGUGAGGGGGUAGCAGGCGUUCAGAAGAGCCAACGAGCAGCUAAAGGAUCUUCUCCAUCACCGGCUCGUCCGUCCCUGAGAGAUGAAGAAGACGCUGCGGAGUCCCCUAGUGGGGAGCAGAGGGCCAGGAGCCAGGACCAGGUCAGCAGGGUUCAUGUGUCACCUGGAGGACAGCAGAGGCGUUCCAGUAACCUGUCAGAAAGCCUGGACAGUCUCAACAGUGGACAAAGCUCUUCCAGCGGCGUCACCAGCGGCUCCAUCUGCUCCAGCAACAGAAACAGUCUGAGGGCCGAGGAGGACCUACUUCCCCCGGCGCGCUCCUGCGCCCGAGCCAGGGUCCACACCGACUUCGUGCCCAGUCCGUAUGACAUGGAGUCGCUGAGGCUCAAGGUGGGAGAUGUGAUCGACGUGAUCGCCAAACCCACCAUGGGCAUAUGGAGAGGAAUGUUGAACGGCAAUAUAGGAAGCUUCAAGUUUGUCUACGUGGACAUCCUGGAGGACAGGGGGUCCGAGAAGUGCCUGAGCCAUAGACCGGGCUCCAAACCCAGACCGGACAGUCUGGAGGAGCUGCUGAAGCAGCACAGCUUGGGGGAUUGCAGCAGCAUCCUUCGUCUCCAUGGUCACCAAGAGGUAGAGGACCUGGCGAGGCUGAGGGAUCGCCACCCGGCCGAGCUGAACGAGAUCUGUCCAGAUAACAGACGUCGGUUGCUCGCCGCCGCAGAGUCGCUACAAGAACCACAACGUGGUCGUGAACGGCACCAGGGUUCUGAGACCCCCAGUGAGAGGAGCAUGAUGGAUGUAGAGUCCCGGCCCCGGGACUCUGGAUGCCACAUGCCUUCAGACUGCUCUGAUAACGGCAGAGACGACUCAGAGAUAAACUUCCUCAACAUUUCUUCUCCGACACUGGAUCAGAUAUCAGCGGUGUGAAAUAAACUAUGCUUU